AUGGCUGCAAUGUGGAGGACUUUCUUUGUGCUUUUGAUCUUUGCUUUCUGUCUAAAUUUAACUGGGGCUUCCCCAAUCGCCGACUCAACUUUCCAUCUGUGGCAUCAGCGGAGAGCCCUUGCCAAUCCACCGAGGCCGCGUUCCCUCAAUACCUCGAUCACUGAGCUUCAACAGGCUCAGAAGCUCGUGGAGGCUGCUGUGGCACAACAAUCCGAAUACAAUGCCUGGCGAGUGGCGAAUCCUAAGCGCAACACAUAUCAAUCGCGCCACUCCAAUGCUUCGCACUCCUCGACCCAGUACGAAUUGUCUGCACAGCCGGUGGCGCCCACGUUGGACUCUCGUCUCAGAGCUGCAGCCGCACUCCUUGCUGAGCGCCACGCAGCACAGCAGCUAAGGAAUGGCACUCUUCACAAAUCCUACAGUCAGUUCAUCAAGGCGCGCAGGCCCUUGACAUCGUCGAAACAGGACAGUACAGACUCAUCGUCGGACUACUGGCCGGCCCAGGUCGACCACGGUCGCCCGCCCAUGGGGUGGGAUUCGUCCUACCCCGUCUAUCGAGACGUUACCGAUCCCAAGUUUGGAGCCAAGGGCGACGGGGUGACGGAUGACACCGAUGCUAUUAAUGCCGCAAUCUCCUACGGAGGAAGUUGCCAGGAAAACUGCGAAUCUUCCUCGACCAAGGGUACAUUCAUCUAUUUCCCCCCAGGCACAUACCUCAUCUCCUCGCCCCUCAAUGCCUCUUACUACUCUCAGUUGGUGGGUAAUGCAAAUGACCUUCCCGUGAUCAAAACGUCUCCAUCGUUCAUUGGCCUGGGGGCAAUUCAGAGUGAUGUUUAUAUCCCGAACGACAAUGGAAAUGAGUGCAAUCCAAUUUCUAUCGUCAAGUCCGGAACUUCAUCAUUCGAUAUCGAGGAGACCAUCACCGCGAAUGCUGCCGGACUGCAUUGGCAGGUUGCGCAAGCUACCUCCCUAACCAACGUGUACAUAACUGCCAGCUCAAGUGCCGGAACCACCCAGAUGGGCAUUUACACCGAGAAUGGUAGCGGGGGCUUCAUGUCGGGCUGCACACUCUCAGGUGGAUCGUAUGGCAUUUAUGGUGGUAACCAGCAGUACACGGUCCGCGAUUUCGAGAUCUUCGGUCAGACUAAUGCGAGCAUUGGUUUGAUUUGGGAUUGGGGUUGGACCUGGUCCGGAUUGCAUCUCUCCAGUUCACCCAUAGGAAUAAGCCUGCUCAAUCCCCAGGAUCCUUCUGGUCAGCCAUCUGGAUCUACGUACAUCCUUGAUAGCAUGUUCGAUGAAACUCCCAUUGCUAUCCAGGCAAGCUUCGAGCAGUCAAGCAUUCUGGAAUCCAGCAUUAUCACGCUGGACAACAUCGGGGUCAACGCUGUCGACACAAUGGUCUCCUUCACUGAUGGCACGAGCCUCGAUCUUCCCAAUGGUGAUGUGGACUUCGUGGUCAUCGGGAACACCCAACAAGAAUCAGACAACACUUUUGGUUAUUACGAAGUGAAUGUGCAGCAACCUCCACCGCCUCUUCUGGAUGCUGGCCAGGACCAAAUCAUUUACCGAGACUCAUAUUUUUACAAAGACCGCCUGCAGUAUGAGACCCUCUCUCUGGACAGCAUCGUCAGCGUUAAAGAUCAUGGGGCGGCGGGCGAUGGAGCUACAGAUGACACAGCGGCCAUUGUCGCGGCCCUCGCCCUGGCAACCGCCGACAAUUUGAUUUAUUUCCCUCCUGGCUCCUACAUCGUCACCUCUACCAUAGUAAUUCCAGCACAUGCUCGUAUUACUGGACAAGUAUGGUCACAGCUUGUGGCAUCGGGUGACUAUUUCGCCGACAUGACCUCCCCCAAGGUCAUGAUCCAAGUGGGCAACCCCGGUGAUGUGGGAACGGUCGAAAUCAGUGAUAUGCUCUUUACCUCUAUUGGAGAGCUACCAGGAUUGGUGAUGGUGGAGUGGAACGUUCAGGCUGAGAUACAGGGCUCAGUGGGUAUUUGGGACUCGCACUUUCGGGUGGGAGGCGCGUAUGGCAGCAAACUGCAGCUGGACGAGUGUCCUACCGGCGACUCGAUUGCAUCAGGUUGUGUGGCCGCUUCUUUAAUGCUACACAUCGCCCCAGAAGCAAAUGGGUACUUCGAAAACAUGUGGCUAUGGGUGGCUGAUCACGAUAUUGACGAUCCAGCCAACACACAGAUCACCGUCGGGGUUGCUCGAGGGCUUCUGGUUGAGUCAACCUCAGGGCCAACCUGGAUGUACGGCACUGCCUCUGAGCAUUCAAUCCUUUAUCAAUACAAUUUCGUCAACUCUACCAACACCCUGGCUGGCAUGAUACAGACCGAAUCUCCAUACUAUCAGUUUACCGAUGCCACUGAGUCCCCCGGGCCCUUCAACGCGUCGAUGGGCCUCUUCACGAACGACCCUCCCUUUCCGGACACCACCUGCAAUGCGUCGCCGGAGCUCUGCAAUUUCGCAUGGGCGGUGACCAUGAAAGAUAACACCAACCUAACCGUUGCGGGAGCGGGCCUCUACUCCUGGUACGACAAUUACGUCGAGACCUGUGUCGACACCCAAAAUUGCCAGCAGCGGAUGGUCCAAGAUCAGGGCGAUAACUAUGGUCUCUACGUGUGGAAUCUUAUCACAAUCGGUUCCGUGGAAAUGAUUAGCAAUGACAACGAUAUCAUCUACGCGGCGAACAACACGCAGGCUAUCGGACAUCCCUACUGGAGCGCUCUCGCAGCUUAUCUGGACGACUACGAGCAGCCAAUUUGGUCGUGCACAGAUGAUUCCACCGACCCGGCCUGUCAGUCAACCUGGAAGUGCGACUUGACCCAGCAGUAUGCAACGGUCGACGAUCUCAACGGGGCUCUGAGCAGCUACCCAGAUCAAUGCAUGCCGUACUACGCAAUGAACACUCUCUACACCACUCUGAAUGCCUCUCUCGCCAAUUAUACUGAAACCAACAAGGACUAUGACAAGUACUUCGGAUACUACAAACAAUAUGUUCGCGAGAUGGUCCCUGACGCCAUCAACGCCUUCAUGGCCGCCUCGACGCCCAGCCAACCCGAAGGCGGAGCGGGUAACAAGUAUUUCGAUUGCACCUGCGAGGGCUAUGGACCGACCUCAACGCAGCAGUGUCCGUUCACCUACACCCAGUUGAUGGGCGCCACCAGAUAUACUAUGACAUACACUCUCAAGGACGCCGAUGGCUUCUACAGCGAGCUCGAAAGCACCUACGGGAUCAAUCGCACCUGGGUGACCUUCGGCGACGAAGGGGGCCCUACACACGAGGUUGGCCACUGUAUUCCGGGGGCUUGCUCGGGAGGCACCGAUUAUCGGUAUGUUAAUAUCCCCCAAGCGGUCAAGUCCAACGAAAUCAACGUUGGUAACCCCAAGGACGUCAUCACUGCGGCGCUGCCUUCUGUCGGCACCCUGCAGAACAACCUCCUUGCGCGCGAGAUGGAUAUCAAUCUUGGUGCCUGGGGCGGCGGUAUGCAGGACCUGCUUGAAACGUUCUCAAUGCCAGUCCUCAUGUUGCAGCAAGCUAUCGCCUCCAUGGCGAAUGUGAAGGCCAUUGGCGAAAAGCAGGCAAAGGAGGAUAAAAUCAAGCUCGUCCUGGAGAUUCUGGGUAUUGCCUUUGCUUUCGUUCCCUUCCUGGAUGAUAUUACCCCGGAGCUGGAUGUGCUGGACGGAGUCUUCGAGACCGUUGCUGCUACUGGUAACGUAGCCCUUGGCAUCCAAAGCAUCGUCUCAGACCCCAGCUCCGCCCCUAUGGUGCUUCUGGAUCUCAUCGCUGGUGGGGGACUGCGCGAUGAAGACGACUACUCUGAGGCCGCCGCUGCCCGUCGCGCGGUGACUGAGGAUGACUUGGAAAAGAUUGGCAAGGAUUACAAGGCAGAACAGGACAAGUUCGAUGAUAUCACGAAGGCAAAAUGCCGUGUUUAG